AUGGAUAGUAUUAGUGUCGACGAGGUCGAUGGAAAACCGAAAAGACCAGGUAUCCGCCGCGAGACUUCGACACCCGCACCACCACCACCUCCGUCGCAGCCGCCGCCAGCUCCACCGCCAUCCUCAGAUCCGACAGACUCGCUGAGCCUUCCCCAACUGAGGCAACUGGUCAGUCAGUUCCCGAAGUCAGAGGCAACGCCAUAUUCUUUCCAGUACAAAGAUGCCGAAGACUUUGAGUCCGAAAUUGACGAGUGGUUCCAUUACACUGAGCUUGACCAGGAUCGGCAGUAUCUGCUCGCUUCUCUAGAGGCUUUUGAAGCCAAGUGGGCGGUAUUCUGCCAUGCGGAAGGGAUCUCAGAUGACUCAAAAUGGUCCGCUGUGAGCGAUAGCCGGCGGCAAAAAUUUGUCUCGAGCUUGAUCAAUGACCUCGCAGAUCGAGACUAUGCGCCGCGUGUGGACGCCUUGUCCUGCAUUUACUACAUCCUAAUGGGUACCUGGGGUACAACUUCAGGCUUAGAGACAAGGGAGGCAUCGACCGAGAACGAGACCGAGGCAGACAACGAGCGGUCAAACCUCAUCCAAAUCCAGUGGAUGCACAACGGGGCCGAUUUUGUGCAGCAAACUUUACUCAUCCCGCAAAUCCACCGCUGUCUGAUGCAGGCAUCACAUGCGACCGAUUCCAUCCGUUCUCCGCAAUCUGCUGAUGUUGAGGACGCUUCCGAAGGAGCCUUCGGCGAGGACGAGUACCGAGAACUCAGUCUAUGCCUUUCCUGCUUCUAUCUCUUGAUCGAGUCGGCGAGGGUUCGAAUGGAUACAGCUGCUGGACAGGACAUCCGAGAGUCCAUAUCUUCUUUACAGCCCAGCUUUCUUGUCUUCCUUGUUGGCAUGAUUUCACGGUUACGAUGGGAUGAGACGUAUAAUAUACCCCUCAUGCAUGCGUUGCAAUUGUUCUGGAAGGCCAUUCUUCUAUUGUUUGGCGAUGUUUCUGGUCACCUUGGAAGAAUCAAGAAUACACUUCAGCCGCGUGAGGAUCCCUUCUCGGCGGAAGCCGCCCACCCGAAGCUCACUGCAUCUCCUCUGGACUACCACGCCUUUCGUCAAGAGAUCACCUCGAAAUACCCGGCCUACAAUCCUCCACCUAAUAUCAUACCCUUGGAAUUAGAGCAGAAGACCAUGCUUCCGCCCUUGUCAACAAACUCCCGGAAUGACUUCUCAAAUGUCGCGAGUUCCAGUCUGCCUGGCGCGAGGUCAAUCCUCCACCAACCUGUCCACAUCGCCACACCCGCGCCUUCUCCACCUCCGUCUCCCAUUGGCCCCGGUGGCAAAGCUGGUAAGAAACAGAACUACCAGACCAAUCAAAAUUUUCCCUUCCUGUAUCCUCCUCUCGAUAGCACCAGUGACAGCAUUGGUGGAAAGGGCUCGACGCAGAUACAAGACAUGAUGGUGGGCAAGAAAUGGGAAGGCAGUGACGUCCCUCUCUCAAUCAUUGAAGCCGGAGAGUUGUUCGCCAGUCGUAUGAGGAUGACGCGAGCGAUGCGCCAGCUUUGGAAAGAACGGGAUUUGUUCCUGAAAUAUGAGAGGGGUUGGAAAGGCGAUAUUGAAGAGGCAGGGAAGGGUGACCAGGAUGGGAAAAGCGAAGAAGAGCAAGGACUCGACGGUCUCGAGGACUCCGACCUACGAUCUCGUAUGCUGGCCGUUGACGAUUUCUUCCAUUACGCUCUUCCUGACUUGCAGUCCUUGAUCAUCGUGAUGAUGAAAGUCAUGCUCACGAAUGUACAAGACAUUGCCAUUCGCAAUGGCGGCGCGCAGGAAUCCGCACAAUCAGGCGGACUCAAUCGCACCAAGUCGAACUCGAACAUGGCUCAAAACCAAACACUUCCUAUCCCUCCCCCACCUCCCCGACCGAACGAAAUGACACUGGAGGAUUUGGAUAACGUCCGCUCCCGAGAGAUUAGCCAGAAAGCCAUAUCAGGCGCUCUAUUUCUGCUGCUAAAAUGGUUCAAGGUCUCCCACGUUCUGAAGUUCGAGUACAUGACCCAGCUACUUCUGGAUUCAAACUACGUACAACUCACGUUGAAGUACUUUGCCCAUCAAAACUUGGAGGACCUCGUGUCGUUCAAGUACGAUCGCGACGACUUGAGUGUGUGGCACUACUGCCACGUCCAUUCAGACCACCCACCACUCUCCCCCACCAGCCCGGAUGAGCGAUCAGAAGCGUCAGAUGGCGACGACGCCGUGCCACCACCCAUUGCACGCCACAGGCGCUCACCCACAACGGACUCGGGUGGUCAACCUCCCAUUGAACAGGCUCAAGACGCGCAACAGCAACAACCCCCUGAUCAAGGCCGCCCUUCCGUCGACGAACUCGGCAACCCCCUGGGUCCGAUCCCUCCAACCCCGAUAACAACCUUCUCAUUCCGCCAAUUCCAGACCUCAAUUCACCUGCUGCGAGUUCUCCAGAAACUCACGCGCGGCAAAGCCCACCGCAUCCUUUUCCUCGUACAGUUCAAGUCGUCGCAAAUUCUACGUCGCGUGCUGCGCGUCCCUGACCCGACAUUGCGCCUCUACGUGCUCAAGUUGUUCAAAUCACAAGUCCCCUAUUGUGGUCGAAAAUGGCGCCAAAGCAACAUGCGCGUCAUUACGGCAAUUUAUCUACAUUGCCGCCCUGAGCUCCGUGACGAAUGGCUCGCAGGUAUGCACGAUGCCAACGUCGAAGGCGAAGUCGACGAAGCCGUACCCUUAGAAUGGGCUCUCCGCGGGCUGACAUUCUGGUGGCAGAAGCGGCGAUACCCGGAUGUCACGCGUAAGGGCAAGAAGGGUACAGAAGCGAAGGUGGCGGAUGAAGAGGGUGAUUUGCAUGAUAUCGAUGACGACGAGAGGGACUUCUUCCAGAGAGAGCUGGACGCACUUGGUUGGGGGCUUGCCGGGUUGAGGGUUGGGGAUGGGGAGGAUGUGGUGUUUGGAGAGGAGGCAGGUGUCAAUGGCGCGCACAGCGUCAUGAAUGGUGCUACGAACAACGUUGUUGAUACAGGAGUGCCGCAGGCUGCAACCGGAACUGGAGAGGUGCGGACACCGCAGACGCCGGUACCGCAGCCGCAGUGGGUUGUCGCGGAUGCGGCCGCGCUGGAUAACUGGCAGAAUAGUUAG